AACGUAUAAUUAUUGUCUCUGAAUUGAACUUCCAAUAUGGCGGUAGAUCACAUUUUAUUUCUAACCAUUUAAUUGUGAAUUGCGAAUAUGGGGCAGCAAUAAAGAUGGUACUUUAUUGUUUUCAAAGAGAGUAGGAUUAUUGUUUUAAAAAAAGUGAUAUAAGUUGAAGUCAUAGAACCGUUUGUAAAGUUUAAGCAUUGGCGUCCUAACGCAUGCAAGCCUGGGAUUUGUCCCUAGCUUUGCCAUUGUGAAGUAUUGAUUAUUCUUCAAAACCAAGAUGAUGAUGUACACGGGGACCAGUACCGAGCAAGAUACCCGCUUCAGCGACAAGGAGAAGAAGCUCAUGAAGCAAAUGAAGUUUGGAGAUUGUUUAACACAACAGGUGGAUAUGUCCAAGGUAAAGCUGGAUGUACUGAAGCCAUGGAUCACUCAGAAAAUUACAGAAAUCCUCAAGAUGGAAGACGAUGUUGUCAUUGAAUAUGUCACCAACCAACUUGAGGAGAAGCGCGCCGUCGAAGCCGCCUCAGCCCGCCGCCGCCCGCGUCCCGCCGCCGCCUGCUGGCUUCGCUCUUUUGGAGGCUCUUAGCAUAUCAAUCGUUCCCUUGUCCAAAGAAAAUGCAGAUCAACCUUACUGGGUUCCUGAACGGGAAGAACGCGCGGCUCUUCAUGGGCGAGCUGUGGGAACUGCUGCUGAGCGCGCAGGCAAGCGAGACAGGCAUACCCGAGUCAUUCACCCAGCAAAAGAAAGAAGAAAUUAAAAAGAGAAUGGAAGAGCAGCAGAAGGAUAAAGACAAAGAUAAAGAUCGUCGAAGAUCCCGGACGCGGUCACGGUCUCGUCGUAGAUCGCGAGAGCGGCGUCGGACGCGGUCUCGUUCACGCGACCGUUCGGGCGACAGGAAACAUCGCAACGGAGGCAGUCCACGGCGGUCGAGGAGGCGCAGCAGGGAUAAGAGCAGCCCGCCGAAAACUUCACAAGUAGACGAGGUCAAGGCAUCAGAGCCGAAAGAGAAUGGAAAAUCUCCGGAGAAGAAAGAAGAACCUGAAGUAAAGGUUGUUAAUGUCAGUAAUAUUGAUGAUGACGUCAAAGAAGAAGUAAAGGAGACUUCUAUGAAGGAGGAUAAACCUGAUGGAGGCGAAGGUCGUAAGUCCAGAUCAGCAUCGCCGGUUAAACCGACAGGUGAAAAAGCUGCUGAAGAAAAAGAAAUCGACAAACCACGUCGUUCCUCAAGUGACAGGCGCUCGACAUCGGUGUCUUCAAGGGGAAGUAUCAAGAAGAGAUCUUCUCAUAAGAAACGUCAAUACCGUUCCAAUCGGGACUCGUCUACUAGCGUGAGCCCGAGGCGCAGUUCUCGCCGGGAGAGGAGCAAGUCUCGUCGCCGUAGCAGUCGCAGGAGGUCGCUGGAUCGUCGCGAGAGAGAAAGGGAACGUGAAAGGGAGAGGGAGAGGGAACGCGAAAGAGAACGACGACGGCGUGAAAGGGAAAGGAGGGAGAGGUCACGUGAACGUCGGCGAUCACUUGAAAGACGUCGAAGAUCGCGAUCUCGUUCGCGCAGGCGCACUAGAGACAGAUCCCGCGAUCGUCGCCGUUCGCGCUCGCGCAAGCGUUCGCGUUCUCGACGUCGUUCGGACCGACGUUCCCGCGACCGUCGCUCCCGUGAACGGCGCUCUAGGGACCGUCGUUCCAGAGAAAGGUCUAGAGAAAGAAGAUCUCGUGACAGAAAAUCUCGCGACAGAAGAUCGACCGAACUCAUUAAGGAGCGAUUAGAGAAGUCUGUCUCUAUUCCUCGAAAAGAAAACAUAGAAAAGAUCCGGAAGAAGUCCUCCGAACGUGUAUCAUCUGUUCCUCGAGAACAGUCGAAAGAACGUGUCAUAUCUAGUUCCAGCAGAGAAUCUUCAGUGGCGAAUAAUAAACCAGUGGCUCAAACUGAAAACCAAGCUAAACAAAAUCAAUUAUCAGACCAAGAAGAUAAAGAAGAUAUUAUACCUAUACCUACUUUGCGCGAAUAUUCUAAGAGUUUAUCUCGCACCCCAUCUCCAUUCUUAAGAAAACAUGAGAUGGAGAGUAAUAAAAAAUCUGAUAGAUCUGGUGAUGAUAUAUCAGAAAAAGAGCAGAAUGAUGAAGAAGCAAAAACAAAAGAUAGUAAAAAGGGCAAACGUAAAGCUCACCAAUCGGAAUCUGAUAGUGAAAGCAGUGAAGAGGUCUCUAAAUCUAAGAGUAAAGCAAAGUUAAAACGUAAAGAGAAGACAACAUCAAAAAGAGGAAAGAAACCAAAAAAAGAGAGUUCAUCAAGUGAAAGUGAUUCAGAUGAUUCAUCAUCAAGUGACUCAGAGGAAGACAGAAAAAAGAAGAAUAAAAAGAAUGCCAAAAAGAAGCUGGCCAAGAAGUCUAAAAAGAAAAGGACACGUUCAUCGAGUUCAGACUCUAGUUCGGAAGAAGAAGUUAAACAUAAAAGUUCAAAGUCAAAACAAAAGAGCAUUCCAGAAGAGUCUGAUUCUGAAAAAAGAUCUAAAAAGCGUGUUAAAGAUGUUAGUACCGAACGCAUUAAGUCGGAUAAACCUGAUAUUAAAGGAACCAAAUUGAAAAAAGUAGACAAUUCUGAAGAAUCACACGGCGAAAGUUCUGAUACUGACGAAAAAUCUGCUAAAAAGAAGUCCAUAAAACGUGAUUCGUCUAGUUCCGAAAAAGAAGUUAGACGUGGAAAAAAACUUGAGGGAUCUAAAGACAAACCGUUGUCGCCGGAUUUAGGUAAAUCAAGAAAAGUGGAAGAAAAAGUCUCUAAAACAAAGCCUAUUGAAGAACUAAAAGUCAAAUCCCGGGACGAUAGUGACAAGAAAGCUAAGAAGCGAGAAAAGGAAGAAUCUUCUUCAGAUAGUGACCAAGUGUCUAAAAAGAAAGCAAGGAAGAAAGUCACCGAUUCCGAGUCUGAUUCUGACAGUGAUGAACCUAAAAAGUCGAAGAAAGCUAAGAAGCAUAAGAAACAUUCUAAGAAACAUAAAAAACACAAGAAACAUAAGAAGUCAUCUAAAAAAAAGGAUGAUUCUUCCGAAAGCGAGGAAGUCGAGGAAGAGGACGAGGAAGGAAAGGUGAACAAUGAAGACUUGGAAAAAAAAUUACGUGAAAGAGCGUUGAAGUCUAUGAAAAAACAGACAAGUGUUUCAGGGUCGGAUUAGUAUGCUAUUAACACGUCCACCGCACUUUGAUGAUUUUAAUACCUACUUUGAAUGACCCAAUAUUUUAAACUUAUUUGUUCUAUGUUAGGAUACUAAAACGAUUUUGAAUAUGAAUAGCAUGAACGAUUUUAAGAUAACAUGUAUGUAAUGUUGUUAGUAAUAAACUAUUAAAACAACUAU